GAGGAACUCAACAUCUAGUUGUCGAAGUUUCGUUUUAUCAAAGGCAGGGUUGUGGAAAAUAUUAGUUUUGGUUUCAGGUUGCGCAACAUUCGCUAUCUAUGCCGAUAGUACGUUGUAUUUAUCACCAAGGAUUAAAACUUAUAUAUUAGUUAGUUUUAUCGCGUCUUGGGCGAUAUCUCUGCUGCUUUACUUCAGCAGAAUAACCGGACUAUGGCUUCAUUGUUCAAUCUUCAAUUCCUUCGAUUAUUUUUGGUCUUGGGCGUCGAGCGUUAACUUUGUGACAUCAUCGGUCAUUAUGACGUGUUACUUCGGCAAUUGUGACCCUGGUUGUAACAAUGCGGGGUUUGUGAGACAUUGUGACGUAUACAUAUCAUAACAAUAGUAUUGUGACGUCACAGGUUUUGUCAUUGUGCGAAGCAACUGACGUCACUAUUCCUAGGACUGAUGACGUCAUUGUUUUAUGUUCUAGAAGCUCAAAAUCUUCGAAUAUUUGUUUCCGUUGGAACAGGUUAUGGUACAAGUUGGAAAGGAGUUUGGAAAAUGUUUGUGUUGGUGGUUGGAGGGAUGGCGUUCGGGCUUUUGGUUGAAACUGGAUAUAAAUGCAACUAUUACUCCAAACAUGGGUGGGUUGUGACGUCAUUACUGACGUAAUCUAUGACAUAAUGUUGUUAGUUGCACAGAGGGUAGAACGUUCGUGUUAUGUGCCUGGUGCGUCGCAUGGGGAGUCACGUGUUUAACCUACGUCAUCAACUGCUUUACGGUAGGUGGACCAGAGGUUAACGAAAUAGAAAUAGUAUUAUGUUUAAUACAGGCCGCUAGCUGGCGGCAAAGUGUUGAGAAGUUUGAAUUCUUUUGGGGUUCGUUUUCGUUUCUUUUAUAUUUGGUUGGAGCUUGUGUACUGGCGGGAUUCAUGGAGUGCAAAAAGUUCCAAUCAUCAACUUGUAGAAGUAGAUUGGCAGGCGAUAUUUGUGGGUUCGUUGCCGCCAUCUUGUUUCUGUUCGAUGCUUUUUACUUACGUGCACAUCGACCCACGUGGUUUAUGGGGACAGCAGCGUCAUCUACCGGAGACUAAUUGUUUAAUAAUGGCGUACUACAUCAUGACAAUAGUCGUAUGUGACGUCACAGAUGUUAUGUUGUUUGAUUGAACCCAUUACCUCUGGGUUACAGACAGGCGCGCUAACCACUAUGCCACGACGCCGGAUUUCUAUGUGUGACGUCACAGUACCUAUUACUCGCAGAAUGUUUGUAUCGUUUAGUUGUAAAAUUAACGUUGUGCAAUUGAGACCAUGUUUUGGACGGGUUUGAUUUUAUUAUGAAGUCUUUUUUGAUGAGAUUGGCAUUUAGGGCGUGUAAUUUUGUUAAGCAAUUCUGACGUCAUAAUCACAGAUAUUGUAACUGUUGCGUCAUAAAUUCGAGAGAAUAUUAGAAAAAAGCAGCGAACGCGAGAGUUGUCUGUAUUUGGACAAACGAUAACAAACACAAUAUGUUUAACAUGAUAUGCGGUCGGUUAUUGCAUCGGGUUGUUAACGCGGCUAGUUCUCAAUAUUGUUUGAAAAGCACAACCAUUCAACGUAUUUUCGAUGGGCCGGGGUUGGAUGACUUCAUCUCUGGUGACGUCAUUGAGAGAGAUUAUGACGGGGAGCUGGUGAAAGGGAAGGGAAUUAAAAGGUUACGGUUACCCCCGUGGUUGAAAACUAAAUUUCCUGAAGGCGAGAAUUACAAACGAAUCAAAUCAAAUCUGCAAAAGUUGAAUCUUAACACGGUUUGUGAGGAGGCUAAAUGUCCGAACAUUGGUGAAUGUUGGGGGGGCGGGGACGACAAGACUGCAACAGCAACCAUAAUGUUGUUGGGUGAUACUUGCACGAGAGGUUGUAGGUUUUGUUCGGUCAAGACGGCUCGAAAACCCCCCCCUCCGGACCCCCAGGAGCCACCCAAUACUGCCGAAGCUAUAAUUAACUGGGGUGUUGAUUAUAUUGUCCUCACUUCCGUGGAUAGAGAUGAUUUGCCUGAUGGGGGUGCAGAGCAUUUUGCGGAAACGGUUCGUUAUUUAAAGCAAGGCGCACCAGAAUUGCUUGUGGAAUGCCUCACCCCAGAUUUCAGGGGGAAUAUGGAUUGCGUUAAGGUUCUUGCAACAUCAGGUCUGGAUGUUUACGCGCAUAAUGUGGAGUGUGUACGGGAGUUUUCAUGGCUGGUUCGUGACCCUCGUGCUAAAUAUGACCAGUCGUUGGAAGUGUUGCGCAACGCAAAACAAUUCAAUUCCUCAGUGUUGACCAAAUCAUCCAUAAUGCUUGGGUUCGGCGAAACUGACGCACAAGUUCUUCAAACAUUAAAAGAUUUAAGAGAAGCAAAUGUUGAUUGCGUAACGCUGGGACAAUACAUGCAACCAACCAAACGUCACAUGAAGGUAUCAGAGUAUGUAACUCCGUCAAAGUUUAAACAUUGGGAGAAAGUUGGAAAUGAACUUGGCUUUUUAUACACGGCGAGUGGACCAUUGGUUAGAUCGUCCUAUAAAGCCGGAGAAUUCUUCAUCAAAAAUGUUAUUCGUAAUGAAAAAAAUCAAUCGACUUGAAAUGUUUUACCUAAACUGUUGUUUUAAGUUUUAAUCGGUUUUGUUUUUAUUUUGUUUUACUUUUUAAUGUACAGAAAAUAAAAUGCAAUCAAUGUA